CAAUGUAAAGCGGCGGCCAGGGGAGGAGGCGGGGGCUGCUGCUGGCUGGGUGACAAUCUCUCUCCCGCCGCCACCGGGCUAUACUACGACCCGGGCUCCGCCCCGUCCUGAGAAGGGGGAGGUCAUAGCAGGCGCGGAGAACACCCAUUUCCCUGUCUUCGGCCCCACGGCAGUGACGGGGGAAGAUGGCAGAGCAGCCAGUGUGCGUCGCACAGGUUAACAGCUGCCCCGGCAGUCAGAGCAGUUGCAGCGGUGUCCCGGGCAGCAGCGCCGGCUGUAACAGCAGCACCGUGCCCGUUCUUUUCUGCUUCUCGGUGUUCGCCCGGCCCGCCUCCGUGCCCGGCGGCUCCGGCUAUGAAGUACUGAUCCAGAAGUUCCUCAGCCUGUACGGGGACCAGAUAGACAUGCAUCGGAAGUUCGUGGUGCAGCUCUUCGCAGAGGAGUGGGGCCAGUACAUAGAUCUUCCAAAAGGCUUCGUAGUCAGCGACAGGUGUAAGGUCCGCCUGGUGCCCCUGCAGAUCCAGCUGUCUACACUUGGAAAUCUUACCCCUGCCAGUACUGUGUUUUUCUGUUGUGACAUGCAAGAGCGGUUCAGACCUGCAAUCAAGUAUUUUGGAGAUAUUAUAAGUGUAGGACAAAGAUUGCUACAAGGUGCACGUAUUUUGGGAAUCCCAAUUAUUGUGACAGAACAGUAUCCUAAAGGGCUUGGGAGUACAGUGCAUGAACUAGACCUGUCGGGUGUGAAACUUGUGGUACCAAAAACAAAGUUCUCCAUGGUUUUACCGGAGGUUGAAGCAGCAUUAGCUGAAAUCGCUGGAGUUCGUAGUGUUGUACUAUUCGGUGUUGAGACUCAUGUUUGUAUUCAACAAACUGCUUUGGAUCUUAUUGGGCGAGGGGUGGAAGUUCAUAUUGUGGCAGAUGCGUCCUCUUCCCGAAGCAUGAUGGAUAGACUGUUUGCCUUAGAGCGUCUGGCAAGAAAUGGGAUUAUAAUUACCACAAGUGAGGCUGUACUACUACAGUUGGUUGCUGAUAAGGACCAUCCUAAAUUCAAAGAAAUUCAAAACCUUAUCAAAGCAAGUGCCCCGGAGUCAGGACUCCUUUCUAAAGUGUAACUGCAAAAUCUGACAUUAGAACUUGGAUUCCAUUUACUGGUGGUCUCUUCAGUGCAAGAUAAUUGCAGUUCUGCAUGAGUGUUCUUUGCAGUAAGCCAGUUCUUACUCCACUAUCUUCAUGGACACAGCUGUAAACUAAAUGAUUGUCUGCCUGUUUGUAAAAUCAAGUGAAUAAUUUGUACAUGUAGAUUCAUAUGGAAAAUAGUUUUUUUUUUUCAUAGAAAAGGUAUCUGGGGAUACUAGUUUAGGACUCUGCAAUCUCUUGUCUGUCCGUUUUGGAAUGAACUAUUACGCUUCACAGCCUAAUCUACUUUCUUCAAGCAUCUCUGCAACCAAUAGAGGCAGAUUCAGUAAGCCACAGGUUGAUCUGUACAAUCUCUUCCCCUGGGUAAAGUCUCCUGAGCUAUUCAAUUACAGAACCAGGAUCAGCCACAAGCCUGCACUUACCAUUAAUCACCUGAGGAUUGUGCAAGCAGAUAUGUGCUUCAACUGCAGCCUCUAGACUGUUUGCGGGUCUGCAAUUAAAUGGCUCUGGGCACUUUUACUUAGGGUAAAACACUGCGCUGAUCAACCUGCAGGUAUAAUUGACUAUAAUCUUGGAGUGCUGAAAUCUGUGGUUUUCUGUGAAAUGUGGAGACGCCUCACACUUCUAUAACAGUUACAGCACUUCCUGCGCAAUUUGGUGAGUGCCAGACACUCAUGUACAUUCACAUUCAAUCUAAACUCUCAUGUUUCGGCUGAAAGAUAUUUGACAUAACUUGGGCACUAUAAAUAUCCUAAAAUGAGAGUGCACCCAUUUCUUCUUCUGCCUGGGAGAAAGCGUGCUAGAUGUCCCCACACUGCUGAAAGGCGGCUAUGGAGACCGACUCCUUCCCCAUUUCUGGGAACCUCCCUUUUUUGUUUAGUCUCUAUGUAAAAUAUCCUUUUAUCUAAAACAUAACCGGACUUUACAGAGUUAUCAAAGCAUGUGUAAAAUAAGAUUUUUCACAAAGCAAAUGAAGUGUUUAUUGUGAACUAAAUGUUCAGCAUGCUACUUGUGAACUACAUAAACUAGAAAUGGAUUCAUACACAUGAAAUUCCAGUGAGUCCUAGCAAGUAUAUAUGCAAUGCUUUGUCACUUUAAGUGACUCGUUCAGUAUGAGAUUAUACAGAUGGAGCCUCGCUCAUCUAGGCUUCUCUGCUGCGCCUAGGUGCACCUAGGCUUAUUAGCAUAAACCUUUCAUCUAUUGUUCUCAGCUGCAAUACAAUUCAGAGGGAACAAUAAGUCAUUACAGCAGGGGAUUUAGUCUGACUGCCCUGGCUCAGUUAAUCCUAUUAAAGGGAUAGAUGAGGAGGGCUCCAUCUGUAUGUUGUACUGUACUAAGAGAGACUUAUGAAACUUGGAGAGAGAUGCAGUAUAGUGCUUACCAAUCAACUUCUGCCAUUUUUCAAAUGCAGCCAGUAACAUUAUAGUUAGAAGCUGCUGAUUGGUAAUUUAUCUCUCUUUACUUUAUCUCUCUCCAGACUGUAGGAAAAAUGCAGCCGAAAACUGACUUUUUCAGAAUUUGGCCGCUUGUCCAUUUGUACCAAGCUUGGGUGUGGUGGGGGCGUUACCAAAUAUAAACCUAUGGACUUCUUAUCCGGUUUUCUACUGAGAGAGAUUCAUUCAGAUCCCUCCCAGCACCCCCUGUGGUGCGUGCGUCACUGGAAGUCCUAUCGCAAAGGACUGCUCUCAUCGGGAAUGCUGUCCUUUGCGAUGUACAUCGCAUUUGUAAGUACAUACACGAAGAGUAUGUACGCGAUGUGUAGCGAGAUGUACUGCUGCUUAGUACAUCCCACCCUCCAAGCUUUGAUAAAUUCAGCCCUAAGUGCAGUAAGUUAUAGGGUUAGCUCCAAUGUAGGAAGAUGUAAAUAUUCAGCUUCACUUUUACUUCUCAACAAAGCUGUAAUGGAAAGUCUGUAAUAUUAGGGGCGGGUGGGGAAGGGGGGACGUCAAAAUACCGACAGCUGAAUUCAGACACUCAAAAUUCUGACUGAUCCUGCCGUACGGGACGGUUAGGUUGCAGAAGGGGUGGGAUAGGGUUUACCAGGAUUCAUCUGGUAGCCACUGUUGGCAUCCUAACCAUCUGGGUCCUGAGCGUCAUGAUUUCGUACCCAACCUGUGGGGAUUGCAGCAAAGACUACUACUGAGGAGAUUAGUCUACAUUCCCGAUACAGGUGUAACAGCAGUUAUGUCUAUGCUUCAAUAAAUAUUUUUGCAUUACAUUUUAAAAAGGCCAUUAUGUUUACUGUAUUUCCUCUUGAUCCAGAAAUAGGCAAAAUUAUUGUUAAUUUUAUCGUCAAACUCAUAAAUUGCAGAAUUUAAAACUGCUUUAUAUUGCGAAAAGGCCUAUUUUAUGGUAUUUAGUGUACUGGAAGGAAGUGUACUCACGAUCUUAUGAGCUAUAUUUAGGGUAAAGUUAAUCACUGUAAGGAAGGAGGGAUGAGAAUAGAAAAACGGUAAUCCCUUAACUAGCAAUCCAACAUUUGGAUCUUUUUAAUGAUUUGUUACAUGGAUAUUACAAAAGUACAGAUAUAUGUAUAAUGUAGAAACAGAAAAACAAUACUAAAUACUUUUCAGGAUGUUUGUCUCCACUAAAACAAAUUUACUCAAGUCUACUUUGUGAUUUACUAUUGUAGAAGCAAGGGCGAGUCAUCAGACAGCAUUUAAAGGGGGUCAUUCCGAGUUGAUCGCUAGCUGCCGUUGUUCGCAGCGCAGCGAUCAGGCUAAAAAUCAGCCAAUGGCCCUCAUUCCGAGUUGAUCGCUCGCUAGCUGCUUUUAGCAGCAGUACAAACGCUAAGCCGCCACCCUCUGGGAGUGUAUCUUAGCUUAGCAGAAGUGCGAACGGAAGGAUCGCAGCGCUGCUACAAAAAAAAUUGUGCAGUUUCAGAGUAACUGCAGACCUACUCCUACCUUGCGAUCACUUCAGACUAUUUAGUUCCUGUUUUGACGUCGCAAACACGCCCUGCGUUCGGCCAGCCAGUCCCCUGUUUCUCCAGCCACUCCUGCGUUUUUAUCUGGCAUGCCUGCGUUUUUUCACACACUCCCCGAAAAUGGCCAGUUACCACCCAGAAACACCCACUUCCUGUCAAUCACUCAACGGUCAGCAGUGCAACUGAAAAGCGUUGCUAGACCUUGUGUAAAACUGCAUCGGCUUUUGUGAAAGUACGUCGCGCGUGCGCACUGCGCCCCAUACGCAUGCGCAGAAUUGUUGAUUUUUAGCCUGAUCGCUGCGCUGCAAACCGGCAGCUAGCGAUCAACUCAGAAUGACCCCCAAUGUCUCAUCCAAUAGCAAAGACUGUGCGCUUACAUUUGAAUCACCAAUGCUAAAAUAUUUUCUAUAUUCAAUGUUUUAUCACGUCAACACAGUGACUUCAAAUAAGGUGCCUGCGUGUUCUAUACGGUACCUUCGUUGGAAUACAUCUAUAAAAUGUGCAGUUUUUAUUGUGUGUACAUCUUUCUAGAUUGUACUCUGUAUUUUUAUGUUUCCAUUUUGGUCAAUCCUUGGUAAAUAAAAUGUGACAUUUUUUUCCAUUUGUAUAUUA